CCCGGAGCCGCUGAGGCGCGGAGGGAUCGUCGGAGCGGACCCGGCCUUAGCGGGUGGUGGAGGCAGUAGUGGGUAGCCUGGCCACGGCCAUGGGGAGCUUGAAGGAUGAGUUGCUGAAGGCCAUCUGGCACGCUUUCACUGCGCUCGACCUCGACCGCAGCGGCAAGGUCUCCAAGUCUCAGCUCAAGGUCCUUUCCCACAACCUGUGCACCGUGCUGAAGGUUCCACAUGAUCCUGUUGCCCUUGAAGAGCACUUUAGGGAUGAUGAUGAAGGGCCUGUGUCCAAUCAGGGGUAUAUGCCAUAUUUAAACAAGUUUAUUUUGGAAAAGGUUCAAGACAACUUUGACAAGAUUGAAUUCAAUAGGAUGUGUUGGACUCUCUGUGUCAAGAAAAACCUCACAAAGAGUCCCCUGCUCAUUACAGAAGAAGAUGCAUUUAAAGUGUGGGUUAUCUUCAACUUUUUGUCUGAGGACAAGUAUCCAUUAAUUAUUGUGCCAGAAGAGGUAAAUUCUUGUGCUUACUUGGAAAUGGUCAAAUUGACUGACGGUUACAUGAUGAAAAAAGGCCAUCGACGGAAAAACUGGACAGAACGUUGGUUUGUACUAAAACCCAACAUAAUUUCUUACUAUGUAAGUGAGGAUCUGAAGGAUAAGAAAGGAGAUGUUUUGCUGGAUGAAAACUGCUGCGUAGAGCCUCUGCCUGACAAAGAUGGGAAGAAAUGCCUUUUUCUAAUAAAAUGUCUUGAUAAGACCUUCGAAAUUAGUGCUUCAGAUAAGAAGAAGAAACAAGAGUGGAUUCAAGCCAUCCAUUCUACUAUCCAUCUGCUGAAGCUGGGCAGCCCUCCACCACACAAAGAGGCCCGCCAGCGCCGGAAAGAACUUCGUAAGAAGCUGCUGGCUGAGCAGGAGGAGUUGGAACGGCAGAUGAAGGAACUCCAGGCUGCCAACGAAAACAAGCAGCAGGAGCUAGAGACUGUGAGAAAGAAACUGGAGGAAGCAGCAUCUCGAGCUGCAGAGGAGGAAAAAAAACGUCUGCAGACUCAAGUGGAACUACAGACCAGGUUCAGCACGGAGCUAGAGCGUGAAAAACUGAUCAGACAGCAGAUGGAAGAACAGGUUGCCCAGAAGUCCUCGGAAUUGGAACAGUAUUUGCAGCGAGUACGGGAGCUAGAAGACAUGUAUCUAAAACUUCAGGAGGCUCUUGAGAAUGAGAGGCAGGCCCGGCAAGAUGAAGAGAUGGUGCGGAAGCUUCAGGCCAGGUUGCUGGAGGAAGAGUCCUCCAAAAGGGCAGAACUGGAGAAGUGGCACUUGGAGCAGCAGCAGGCCAUACAGAUGACGGAGGCUGAGAAGCAGGAGCUGGAGCACCAACGCGUGGAGAAGGAGCUGGCCCUGCAGGAGGCCAUGGUGCAGCUGGCACAGCUUGAGCAAGAGCGGAAACAAGCGCUGGAGCAGUAUGAGGGAGUUAAAAAGAAGCUAGAGAUGGCAACUAACCUGACCAAGAGCUGGAAGGACAAAGUGGCCCAUCACGAGGGGCUCAUACGAUUGAUAGAACCAGGUUCCAAGAACCCUCACCUGAUCACAAACUGGGGGCCAGCAGCCUUCACCCAGGCAGAGCUGGAGGAGAGAGAGAAGAACUGGAAAGAAAAGAAGACCACAGAGUGACUGUGCCCCACAGAGGGCUGGUCAUAGAGACACCCAGUGUGGCUAAGAGCUGUAAGCUGCAGGUGAAAGAUGCUGGCUUUGCUGCUUCUAACUUCCCCCUACCUCUUACGGACUCAGUGUCCUAAGGAGACCUCUUUUACCUUCCUGCCAAUAAGGGCCUACCUGAAAAGAGAAAAAUAGUGUCACCAAGCUCUUGAUUCACACUGUCUUUGAACCUUUCAGCUUCUGAAAGGUCCAGUUAGCUCAGACUCUCUUGUAUUCACUCCUGAGGGAGGCAGAGCACAGACCUGAGGUCAGCCCCACCAUCUGCAGGUGUGGAAGAUGGGGUCUGGGGGCUCAUUCCCUGGAUGUAGGCUGGGGUCGGUGCUUCCCUUUGCCAGUAUGUUUCCUCCACGGAGUCUGCCUGACAGUCAGUGUCAGGUGUCAUGGAAGGCCUUCACCUACGGGGCUCUACUGGAGAAGCAUGGCAUCACUGCCAUUUCCCGGGUCUCCUUCUAGAGGUGAGUGCUCAGUGAGAUGUCCAGUCUGUACUGAGCUUUUCCUUUCCUAACUGCCCUCCCUUUGGCCUAAGUCAUUCCCACUUCCUUUGCCCUCAUCUCAGAUGAAAAUGUCUCCUUGCCCAUAUAUGCUGUCCCUUUAUUCUCUUGGCUAUUCUCUUUCUCUCUUUCUCUCCUUCUCUCUCUCAGGUUGAAGUGCUACCACCUUCAUGCCAUACUGUGAGAGGAUUGUGCUCAAUGGUAGAGAGAAGCUAACUGGAAGAGUGAAUAAUUUAUAAAGCAGACUGUAUGCACAUGGGCAGGGCAGCUGACUGUACAUGUGCUAGUUAGAUUUAAAAUGCCGUUCUAGUGGCUCAGCUGUGAUGUUAGGUUUUGCUAGGUGAGCAGCUUUUUAACUUUUCCCUUCCUCUCUAGGUGACAGAGGAAAUACCCAAUAAAAAUAAGGGUAACAAAAGAAAAUUGGAAUCAUAGUUCUUACGCAUCUAAUUUGAAAGGAGCAAAGAGGAAGAUUUUCAUAUAUAAUCUGUUUGGGGAUUGAGAAUAGUAUUUAUGAAAUCAACUUUCCAAUGUUAAUUCUAAUUUAUAAGCAGCAGUAGCUCCAUGGACAGCAGUGAUAAUUAAAAUUAUGGAGAAGGAUGAGGUUGACUCAGUUAUAAUGGUCAAUACUGGAUUCAGUUGGCUGGUUAAAGUCUUUGUGUCUGUACAAGCAUUUAGAUAUAGUGCCAGCCUCAAAACAGGAGCCAUUCCUAAGAGAUGGACACAUCUAGAGAGAAUGGUUUGAGAGAUUCAGUGUGUGUUUAUUUACACAACAGGGAACUGGAACUUAAUUCCAUGACUCUUCAUUGUUUAUGACUGGAAAUAAUUGCCAAUGAAACUGCCUUCAGGAAACUGUCUUAAAAUUUUGAGCUGUUUUAUGGAAGGGCAACUUUAUUUAAUCUUUGUUGCCUUUGUAACAUUUAAGCUUUUGUCUAAAGUUUGUAACAUGUGCCUUCCAAAUUCAGCAUAUAAUAUGGGUGUUGGUUUCUGCCCAGCCACCUACCAGUAUUAUCAUUUAUGCAGUGGCUGGCAGGUGUAUUAGGCCAACAAAGAAUAAUGGAACCUUUGUAUGGUUUGAUUGGGUCUCAUACCAGGGGACUUCAGUGCUCUUCAUAAAUCAUAAAGAAAGGAAGCCAGUGACCUGUGAGAAAUCUGGGGAGUCCAGCGACCUGUGUCUGGGGCGGGGGCGGGGGAGGGAGAUUUCUGCUUUGAGAUGUUGGGAAAUAGGCAGUGAUUCACUGCAGAAUGUCCCUUCUCCAACCUGGCUUUUCCAUAACUACAGCUAGAAAUGACCUGGGGAGUCUCUGCUCUAGCCCAGGGCUACCAUGGACUUCUGACAGGCCUAGGCCAUCAGCCUGGAGGCUCCUCCUUUCUGGUCACAUGUGGCUGUGCACAGGUAUGCAUGGCAUGCAUAGCACACAUGGCUGAUCUCACCCUGGCUUCGCACACUGCACUGUCAGGAGGCCGAACUCCCAAACAGUGGGUGCAGAGGUGGGCCCAGCAGGGACUGUACAAGUCCUGUGUAGAAUGGUAUCGCGAGACUUAACUCCCUAAUAUCGAAAGUAGUUUGAACUGUCAAUAUGCCUGCAGUCCAUUUUUACUUUUGUAAUUACUGUACAGAAAAUUUCUGGAGUGUUUGAAUGUUUGUUAUAAUCAGGCCUUUCCAUAAUAAUGAAAGAUAGGAUUGUUUCCAUGAAUUGUACACAAAAAGUUUUUUAAAAUGUGCUUUUGUAAUUUGCUGUAUUAAGAGGGAACAAAAUAUUUAUAAUUUUCAAUCGUAUCUAAAAAUUGUACCAUGUAAUGUGUUCAACUUUAUUAUUUUUUCUAAUUUUUCUAAGAUAUAUUGCAAUGUUUUUGUAUUUUUUUAAAAAUAAAAUGGACCCAGUAAGAAAACUAAAAUUACCAGAACAUCGCACAUUUAAGGUUGUCUGGUUUAAUAAAACAGCGGGGUAAAGUUU